AUGGAGGAGGCUGAAAGUGCGGAAACGUCUUCUCCAAGUCGUGAUUCGACUGGAAUCUUACGAACGAAAAUUUCGUUGGGUCGUAAGCCUUCGGUUAUUAUGCCAUUCUAUCUGAUGAAAAGCGAGUUACCAGGUAGCAUAGUGACUUGUAAGGUUAUGCCAACAGUUCUAACGUUCUCAUUGUCAGAAGCGAGUUCAGUCACAGGGAACAUGAAUCUACUGUCCUACUAUGGACUGGACCACGCAUGGAACAAAUUUUGCAACAACAAGAAACUUAAAGAGGAAUUAAGCGCAUUUCUACCGCAUUUGCCUGGUAGCAUCGAUACGCCUGCUCAGAAAGAUGGAAGUUCAUUGCGACAGCUGAUUGAAAAGCCACCUAUUUGUGGAAAGGAGAUUUUGCCGCUGACAAACGCCGAUUUCGCUGGACUAAAACUUUUCCCCGGAGCUGUGAGUAUACUGUUUUAUUUGUUUUUUAUUUGCAUGUAUUUCAUGUUGCGACUCUAUUUUGUUGUCAGAAUUAAUCCAUACGAAUAA